CGCUUUAAAUGUAUUAUGAGAUUCAACAUCUAGUUAAAUGUAUGCAAAACUUAAAUUAGAACUACUAAUCAAUAAGAUCCUAACAAGUAAUAAUUCUUCACAUAUUAAGAAUAUCUAAUAUUAGCAUUUGCAGAAUACUAAAAGUCAGUAGAGAUUUUUUUAAAAUAGAUAGAGGCUAUGGAAACUUUUUUCAUAUUAUCUAUAAAUCCCAUUAUAUAUUAAGAUUUGAUUUAAAAUCUUUAUAAUUAGGUUCUGAAUUUGUAUUUGAAUUAGGAACUUUUUUAUAAACUAAUUUAUUAUUUUUGAUCACUUUGGAUUAAAAUACUUUCGUUAAAAUUAAAGAAAAAGCUAAGUACUUAAAAAACAUAAAAUAGGAAUCUCAUCAAUUAUAUUUAGUAUGAUGAUUGAUAAAUUCUUAGCUUUAUUAUGCAAACCACAAAAAAACUUUAUUGAAUUUAGUCAUUAGUAUAUCGAUAUUUUAAAGUUCACUCAAUAAUUAGUAAAUAAUUAAAUAAAUCUAAAUCUUUUAUGUUUUUUCAUCAUUAUAGUAUAAAAAGAAUUUACAAUCAUCAGAAGAUUCUGCUGAUCCAAGUUAAAUUGAACUAGUGAAAUAGUUAUACUCUAAUUUGAAAGAAAAUACGCAAGAUAACUAUAAAGAAUUCACUCAUUAAAUGCUACUUUUAUUCUUGCUUCUAAUAAUUAGAAAAGAGAUAAUAAUUGUGAUUUUAAGGAGAUUAUCAAAAUUUAGAUGAAAAAUUAUAAGAAAAAUUCGAUCAUUUAAAUAAUGUAUUGAAAGUUAAUCUCCCAUUCUAUAAACAGCCUCAACAAAAUUAGAAAGGAAUCAACAAUUUUAGAAUCAAGCUUUAGCCUUAUGCAAUACUUUAAAAAUUGAAUAUUACAAUACUAAUAGAGUAAGAAGAGGAGAAAUUU